AGUCGUGUGUUGUCGGACCAAGCCGGUGUGCCAGAGGGCAGUGCGAGCGCAGCGGCUCUCAGCGCUCGAGACAAGCACCAUUCAUCUGACCGCGGGCACACACCUGGUCGGGACCGAGGAGAACAGUUUAACCACGGAAACAGCUCCGCACAGCACCCGGGUUAAUCACUUAAGGAAUGUGGUGCCAUUAGGACGGGAGCCGAGAGCUGAAAGUUCAUAUCAACUUCAACUUUUAACUUAAUUUUCACCAACUUGGUGUGAAAGGAGGGACUUAUCAAGAAGGGAUCAUGGCCACAGGCGGAUUUAAGUCAAACGCUACGACAGACUUUCUGGAGGAAUGGAAGGCAAAACGGGAGAAAAUGAGAGCCAAAAUGCUGGGGGACAUUGCCGCAGCGACCGGUGCUCCCUUGGGCUCCGGUAACACAAACAGCAGCAGCCGCCACGCCGCUCCGCCGGGCACCGAGCUCACCAACAACGGAAACCCGGAGCGAAGCGCCUCCUCUGGGAACUGCCUCCCCUCCUCCUACUCGGUGGCUCGGUCCUCCUCCGGCACGGUUCUAAAGAGACCCGAGGAGGAAACGCACCACCCUGCCUCUCACCCUCCUGCACCCACUUCCACCCCGGUGAGCAACCUGAAGAAGGCCCCGCCUCAGACGGAGAAGGCUCAGUGCGCUUCCCCGGACUCCAGCCCCAUGGCUUGCAAUGACAGCGACAAGGAAAGUCCAUCACCCAGCAAGGGCAAGGAGAAGAAGAGCACCGGCCCCAGCGCCAGGAAGGGGAAAGGACAGAUAGAGAAGAGGAAGUUGAGGGAAAAGAGGAGAUCAACAGGUGUUGUCAGCAUACCAUCCAAUGAGAGCCUGGAUGAGCUGGACGAUGACGACGCAGGGGAGAAGGACAGGAGGGAGGAGGAGGAGCUGGUGCAGGCCAACACUUUCCAGAAUGAGUCCAUGACAGCCGACCCUUCCACCGGACACCUAAUGGAUACCCCGAGAUGCGGGAGCAGCCGGCACAAGAGCUCUGCAGGACCGGGGGGGUCCGAGGAGGAGGUGGGUGGGAACAGCAGGCAACGACACAACCGCCACGGCAGAGAUGGAGGUCUGGAGAAAAGGAUGGAGGAGCUGGAGAAGGAGUUGGCCAGAGAGCGUCAGGAGAACGCCAGGUUGCUGAAGGCCCAUCAGGACAAAGACGACCUCAUCGGGAAGCUGAAGGAGGAAAUUGACUUGCUGAACAGAGACCUGGAUGACAUUGAAGACGAGAAUGAGCAACUCAAACAGGAGAACAAGACUCUGCUGAAGGUGGUGGGUCAGCUGACAAGGUAGAACCGCUCUGCACAGCCCGGACCCGCCGCAAACAACCCAGCAGCCCCCCCCUGUUCUCUCCCCUCCUCCUGCCCUGGGUCAAGUCCACCACCGCGGCCUUUUCUUCUGUUUGAUUCUGUGUGUUACAGCUGAAACUGUAAAGUAGUCGUUCUCCGAGCCUCACAGCCUUAAAAUACAUCCCCGAGGUGAAAGCUGAGUGAACAAGGGGCUAACGUUGUCCUGUCCUGACAGUCGCCUGUCAUCGUAUACAUAUUUAAUGUAAAUGUAUUGUAUAUAGGCCAUUUAGAUCUGUUCAUUAUAUUGAUUUUUAAUAAGGUCUUAAAAAGCAAAACUAAAAUGAAUGUAUGUGCUGCAAAAACAAGUGCACACAAAGUCUUUUCACACACACAAAAAGUGCACACACCCAGUCAUCCAGGUCGAAUUAAUGACAUCUCCAGUGUUGCAGUGUUUGAGUUGUAUCUGAUGCCAGUGCAGAGCUGCUGUUUAGUAACACUUGGACCAAAUUCAACAGAAUUACUGCUACAGUACCAUCAGCCAAAGUGAGCAUAGUGCCUUGCAAUGCAUGUGAGAUUUUUAAACUAGGUGCUUUUUUUUUUUUUUAAUUAGUGCCAGAUUUACCUUCUUCCCAUAAUUCCUUGGUACAUUUGAAUCCCACUGGGGCGUCAACAAACCUGAAUAAAGAAAAUCAUAUUUUAAAUAUUUCCAAUUUAAAUGAUAAAGUUGGCACCAGCAAGACUUUAUAUCACUUAUACGCUUUAUGCAUCUUAAUGUUAGCAUCUGAAUAUUAUACCCGUCAGUGAUGAAAUGUUUUAGGGUGAAACCCAUGUCUAGUUUAUAUGUGGAUUCUUUAAAAAAAAAAAAAAAAAAAAAAAAAAGCGAUUUUGCUCUUGUUUACAGGUUAUGGCAAUAUUUGAUAGUUUAGCUGCUCUGUUUAUGGCAUCUAAGAUGUGUGGAGUGAGCUACAGUGCAUUUUCUUUUUUUGUAUGAUAACCAAAUGAACUGAAGGAACAUACUAUUUGAAAUGCAUCUCUUUUGUUUACUCAAGGGAACAGGUUUGGCUGGUAGAGGCAUUUUACUUCCUGUAUUUAGAUGAUUUUAUUCCAGCUGUUCAGCGAGCUGCUGCACCGCGGCAAAUAAUCUGUAGGUUUUAGACCGUCGAUAGAGAGCUCGGCUUCCACAUACACUCACAUGUUUUGAGGGGUAAAGAUCAUCGCCCUUUGCAGACGGAACAUCACAGACCCAUCUCUCUUCCCAUUACAUUAUGCAUGUACAGAGGAUUAAGUCAUUUAAUAAAAGUUUGAUUAUCUCUCUCCUCA